CACUGUUCGCCGGCUCAAAUGCGCCACCAAACAUUUUGUAAAAUACAAUAAGAUAAAUACCGAAAGUAACAUGCAGCAUGAUGCCGAGGAACAGACUUUCCAGCUCCAAGCACUGGAGAUCCGGGAACCGGACGUCAAUUUCGACCCUAAAAAGCCACCAGAGUCCGGAGAGGAGUACUUAAUGCACAUGUUGUACGAAAGGAAACGCUGUCCAGCGGUCGUGACCAAAAGAUCGGACAAAAUCAAGGAUAACGCGGGAAAUAACAACUUCGAAAUGUUGGAAAGCCCUGCCUUACCGCCUUUUAAGUGCCUGCUGCCCACGCCCGAAUGGCGCCAUGAACAAGUGAAAUCCUUUCAAGCAGCCCGCUCUCAGGUGUUAGUCCUUCGCCGAGAGUUGGUCAAUCACAACUACGAUCAGUCAGCAGAACCCCCUUUAACCUCAGAUCAGGAGAAGUGGCAGGAAUUCUGCCGAAAUCAACAACCCCUCUUGAGCACUCUUUUGCAUUUAAGCCAAAGCAACUUGGAGCACCUGCUGGAACUGCUCAGUAAAUGGUUGCAAGUUAAAGACCAGGAUAACAGCUCAUCAGUCGACCUCCUCCAAGAUGUGUGGCUAGCCCGCUGGCUUUAUGCCACCUUGGUCUGUCUGCAUCUUCCACUGGAACCGUAUGUGUUCAGCACCCUUCGCUAUAUCGCACGAUCCUGCAUCCACUUGAGGAAUCAACUAAAGGCGGAGGAAACUCAACGUGCAGCGCCCUACAAUUUAUUACUAACACUUAUUGUUCAAGUUUUUGAGCAAAGCGAUUUUAAGGAUUACAUUUAAGGUAUUCAUUUCUCGAUAACGUAAGCCGUAAUUUAAGCACAAACAUAAACCAAUUGUAUAGGUUGCUAAGCCAAGAAGCUACAUGGACAUUUUUAUUGAUUUUUUGAACUUCAAAAACCUUUCACCAGUUAAUUUUGAAUUGUUAAUCGUAAAAUGUAAUAACUUUUGCCAGAAAUAACAUAAUUCAAGUUUAAUAUUCAACUAAGAAUUGAGCGCCUAUUAGGUUACCGGUUAUUAUAAAAAAAGCUGAUUAGUUAUUUUCUUCAGUAACUGAAUUGAACUUUUUUAGUUUAAUGUUCUUUAAGUCAAUCUUCAGACUCAAGCUGUUAUAAAUAACAAUUAUGUAUGCUAAGUCCAAACAAACUCAUUAAAUUUUGUUCUGAUCUA